AUCCAGAGACAAGGCAAAGAUUUCCCUUUGUGGCACUACUACGAUGGCAGAACACCGACAUACCUCGGGUUUCCUGACGAAGAUUGGCUUCUUGCUCCUGGGGAAGUCUCCCGUGGCACUCAGCGUGUCCGCACUGCUCUUCUUGGCCGUUCUGUCCCCCAUGCGAGCCGAACCCCUUCCCGCUGUGGAGUGUUCUAGCCCAUUGACCGAACUCAUCUACACCAUAACCGAUGCGGGUCGCUUCGACCCCCGCAAGUCAUUCGGGGUCCUGCCCUUCAAUCUGACGGGCUCUCUUCCGACGCAGCUGCCGACGAUGUCGUCGUCCGGAUCCACCUUGAGCUGUCCUUUGAUGUCGUCCGAGUCGAAGUGGACCUGUCCGUGGACCUACGACACAAACUACGACCCCGACCGAUACCCCAGCGUGAUCCCCUUCGCGAUGUGCAGCUGCCAGGGCUGCAUAAACCGGGCCGGCGAAGAAGCACCGGACAUGCAGUGCCGUCCUGUGAUGUACAAACAGCAAGUACUGAGACGAAAUGGAUGCGUGGAUGGUUUCUUCAGAUACGACUUCGACUUCGAAGAAGUCCCCGUUGCGUGCGCCUGCAUGCAGCUCUCGACUCAGCCACAGAACAGACCCCCAGGUUUGCGGCCCUAAAUUUGAAGAAAAUGAUGUAUCUCACAUUUUGGGCAAAAUUGGGAUGUUAUUGGUAAAUAAAGCAGACAGCCGCUGUGAAGAGAGUUUUCACAGAGCGCCCUCACUAUGGACAAAUACGUAAUCUUUAUUAAGCGACGGCUCUGUAGAAGCGCCCUCAUGUACUCAG